GGUACAGUACUCGUAUCCUUAUCGUACCGUAUCUGCCGCUUCGCGGUUUGAGACCCAUCCGACCACCCGAUGAACCCGCAGACAUAAAACGAUGGUGCCCUGUCCAUUUCCCAACACUCAACCUUAUCCAUCAUCGGAACAUCCGUGAACGCAGUGUCAUCAAUCGUGGAAAUCUCCACCCUGAGCCAACUCCUCGGAGGCGGGUUUAAGAUGGCACCCUCCGAAUUACAAAUCGAGGUUAUAGACCCUUUUAAGUCUGAAUCGGGCCUCGUACCGUCACUCAGUCCGGAUCUCAUAAAGCUUGAGCAAUACCAUCCGGGCUUCGAGAGAGUCGCUAGCAAAGGCACAUUGUGCACACUACUGCUCACAUCGGCCGACUCAUCAAACAACCCCUUCUUCUGCAACGCCUGUGCUUACGUACCGGAGCGGGAUGAGCUCUACAUCACCUCGGACCUAUUGCAACCUACCAGUAGCUCGAACCUACCGGUGAUCCUAAUAUCCAAAGUUACCAUCAGCCGCCAUCAUGAUCGUCUGGAGCCGGUCAAUGGUAUCCGUGAGAUAUUACAGGUGGGUUGGAUGAAGCUGCGGCCGCCCAGCAACAUGCCCAUGCCAAACGGUGCUGCGCACUACCGCGGUGGUGUGGUGUACUGCUCACAGGGCACGCUGGACCCGGCGUCGGGCGGGCUGUGGCACAUGCCCGCGGGGAAACCGCCAGUGCCAGUCGUCACGGGCUAUCUCGGCCGGCCCUUCAACUCGGUCCGGCACGUCGCCGUGGAUGCGGGCGGCAGCCUGUGGUUCACGGAUUCGCGCGCCGGCUUCGAGCACGGCAUCCGACCGCGACCGCAGUUACCGAAUCAUGUCUAUCGGUUCGACCCCGAGACCCGGGACCUGCGCGUCGUUGCCGACGGGUUCGGCCGACCAACGGGCAUCGCACUAGACCCCGACGGCGGCACGCUGUACGUCGCCGACGCGGAGGCAGCGCUGCCGGACGGCACGAUGGAUUUUACGAGGCCGGCGACCAUCUACGCGUUUGACGUCGUGCCGACCCGUGGCGUGCCCGCUCUCAUAAACCGACGCGUCUUUGCAUACGCGCGGGAGGGCGCCCCUGCGGCCGUGAUGUGCGACACCGGAGGCAACGUAUACGCCGCGUGCGCAGACGGCGUCGAGGUCUGGAGCCCGGCGGGUAUGGCGAUGGGGCGGAUCAGAGUCCCUGGAGGCUGCUCGAACAUGUCCUUUGGACAAAACGAUAGCGAGCUCUUUAUCUGUGCCCAGCAGCGGCUUUGGCGUCUUCUGCUGAAUAGGAGGUAACGCCUGUCAAUGCGCGUACUGUCCUCUUGAGCAAGGCGAAGCUUUUACUCGAUCAGGUAUUGCUUAGCUUAGCAGCGGCUAUGUACUUAGGGGUAAUCGCUCUACGAUGUCGAUUCAAGAGUCACCCUCUCGGGAUAUUAUGCAAAUCAUGAUACGAUAUCUAAUAUGGCCUACAAAGGUGAGUUGCAGGUGUGUAUGACUUGGGCAGGUCUAAAGGGAUCUAUCACGUAGAAUGGAAGCUACGUGGGCGAGAGCGCGCGCGAGGAGCUAUCUCACGAGCAACGGGCAACGGGAGGAGGAGCAAAGGAAGGGAAAAGGUCUUGUUCCAUCUAAGAACUAACUAAAGGAAUGGAAGCAACGGGAGCGUAUAUAUAGGAGCUCCUGUUGCUGAGGUAAGCAACGAAGAGGCGCAACCU